UUGACAAGAUGGGGAUCCUGUGUUAUCAGAGGAGAGUAGAGGUGGGUGGGGUGUUGAUCUGCCUGGCACAGGGUUAAAGAAUGUGAGGAGGGCACUCUAUCGAUCUGUGAUGCCACCCUCGUCACUCUGGUGAUGGAUGCUUGCUAAGCAGACAUAACAACAGCGCUUGUCAGGAUGGCACCAUUAGCAUCACUACCGGUCUUCACGAAAUGAGUCUCACACGGCGGGAAUCUCUCUGCUCUGCACUACUUUUUGUCUUCUACCUCUGCAUUAAAGACAGAAGUUUGAUCCUUAGAACAGACUCAUUAUUUGACCACUGGAAUUUGACCAAGUUGGACUUUAGAAAGAAUGAAAGGAGGCCAAACAGUUGCUGGAUUAUGCAAAGUGGCUGUUAUGAUGCUAUGACCAAGGUUGUCCAAUGGGAUGCAGAUGGAUGAACAGCAUCACGUGAUAUUCAUCUAACUUAAUGUAAGUCCACUUGGGAUGGCUGCCGUGUCUGAUCUGCAAACUUUCUACCAAUCCCAUCAUGUGAUCCAUCCGGUCCUUCGCUACCAGUUGGACCCUGCUCUGAUCCAUCAUCGUGUCUUGGAUGAUCAGGUGGAGCUGUGGUGGUCCAGAGAGCCACGGCGUUCCCUGCUGUGCUACUGCGCCUCGGUGGCUCUCAUACUGGGCCUGGGCCUGGGUGGGGUUGGUCUGCUGUCCACCACCACCAGCCUGUCUGGGGAAUGGCGUCUCGGAGUGGGCACCACAUUAUGCCUCUUGUCCCUUGCUGUUCUGCUCAAGCAGCUCCUCAGCUCUGCCAUCCAGGACAUGAACUGCGUCCGGAGCAGGCGUCGGAUCGACCAGCUGAAGAGCGGCGGACGGGCUGACCCCGCCCUCAUCCUGGCUGUGGGUCUGGCAGUCACUCUCUGUGGGACGGUGCUGCUGUGUAUGGUCACAGUGGGCAGCCAAGGCCAAGACAGAGGCGAUAUGCUGGUGUCUGGUCUGGUACUGAUGGCCGCUGGGACAGGGAUGACUCUGGCUGUGGUGAGCUACAGUACACUGGUCUACCUAAAGAGGAGACGGGAGCAGAGGAGGAGGCAGAGGAUGAGGAUGAGCAGAGCCAGGAGACUGGGCAGUCGAGCUGUCAGAGUAUUCAACGUGUCUGGAAGAGAGAUAAGCCAGGCCAACAGGGAGAUAUCUACGAGCAGAACCAGCCUCAUAUGAAGGGGGGGGGGUACA